AUGAAUCGAGUUCUAGUGCUAUUGGUUGUGCUUAAAAUGUUCGCUUUAAGCGAGUCCCGUUUCGCCAAGAUAAACAUCAAUCUGGGACUAACCGUGGCUGAUGAAUCCCCCAAAACGAUCACCGAGGACAUGAUUCGCCUAUGCGGGGAUCAAACGGAUAUAUCCCUUAGGGAGUUGCACCAGCUGCAAAGGGAGGACUUUUCGGAGCCCUCGGAAUCGGUCCAGUGUUUCACCCAUUGCCUCUACGAGCAAAUGGGUCUCAUGCACGACGGUGUUUUUGUGGAACGCGAUCUCUUCGGGCUUCUUUCCGAUGCCAGUAAUCCCGAUAAUUGGCCAGAACGUCGGUGCCACGCGAUUAGUGGCAGUAACAAAUGUGAGACGGCCUUCAAGAUUCACCAAUGCCGGCAGCAGUUGAAACAGCAGCAGCAGAACUCAUUGGCCACCAAGGAGGUGGAGGUCACCACGACACCAGCUGGAUCCGAUGAACCAAAGCCUUAGAACUUUAUACAACAUUUGGUGUCGGUAUAUGGGCUUAA